AUGAGGCUGUUUGAAUUCUGCCAACAAACUUUCUUCACUUUUGCGGGAGAGACCUAUGAACAAAUCAAGGGAACCCCAAUGGGCUCACCGGUCUCCGGUUUGGUGGCAGAACUGAUCCUACAGGAGUUGGAAAAGAUUGCCUUCCUCCAACAUGAACCGGUGUUUUGGCGACGUUACGUUGACGACACGUUCGUCAUCGUAAAGAAGGACAUGCUGCAACAUUUUCACAGCCUGCUCAACGCAGUCUUCCCGGAUAUAAAUUUCACGAGAGAAGAAGAACGGGAGCAGCAGUUGCCCUUCCUGGAUGUGCUCGUCAGACGAAACCUUAACGGCGAACUUGAAACGACGGUUUAUAGGAAGGCAACGAACACCACACAGCUUCUCAGUUUUCACAACAACCAUCCGGUGGCUCACAAACGACGCUGUGUGAAGACGCUCUUCAAACGGAUCCAAACUCAUUGCAGCAAACUAGAAGAUAGAGCGCGUGAGGCCCGUUAUCUCCGCGACCAGUUUGUGCAAAAUGGCUAUCCGAGGGCAUCUAUAAGUCGCUGCCUACGCGGUCGCCACCAGAGAACUCGAACAUCAACGCCACCGACGAUAUGGCAUUCACUGCCAUACAUCAAGGGUGUUUCAGAAGCGACCGAGCGCAUUGCUGCGGAGCUAGGUGUUGGAAUUGCACACCGUCCCAAAGCCACAAUGCGCAACAGGGUCAUGAAGACCAAAGACCGGUUAAAACCUGAAGAGCAAUCUGGAGUAGUGUAUCGCAUUCCGUGUCAAAAUUGUCCUUGUAAUUACACAGGACAGACUGGACGCAUGCUCGGACCGCGCAUACAUGAACAUAAGCUGGCUGUGCGGCGAGGCGACGCAUUAUCACAAGUGGCCGCCCACACCUACGAAAUGGGUCACGAGUUUGACUUCGCAGCCACCAAAAUAGUUGCCCACGCCGGAAACAAAACAGGCCGAGAAUUGAUUGAAGCCUGGGCCUCAGAUGAGAUCUCGGUCAAUCGAUUUAUCGAUCUGGCGCCGGCGUACAGAGCCCUUCGUAGUCACCUCCAGUCGUGCGACGUCGGUCGAUGA